AUGGUGGGGAUUACGCAGAGGAGAACCGGAGAGCAUGUAAACACAAAUGGAGUUUGGGAUUUAUUGCAAAAUAUGGAAAAGAUGACCGUCUUGUCUUUGUGUUUUCUCUUGUGCGCAGAUCUACUGGAUUUAGCCGUUGGAUAUCUGACUGUAACCAUAGAGCCCCUACCGCCUGUAGUUGUGGGAGAGACAGUGACAUUGAAGUGCAACUUCAAGACUGAUGGCAGACUGCGAGAGAUCGUUUGGUACAGGGUUACAGAUGGGGGCACAAUUAAGCAGAAAAUCUUUACAUAUGAUGCCAUGUUUAGUACCAAUUAUUCUCACCUGGAGGACUACCGCAGACGGGAGGACCUUGUGUAUCAAUCAACAGUCCGGCUGCCAGAGGUUCGGAUCUCAGACAACGGACCUUACGAGUGCCAUGUGGGUAUUUAUGACCGGGCCACCCGUGAGAAAGUGGUGCUGGCUUCAGGGAAUGUCUUUCUCACAGUCAUGUCCCCUCCCAACAACAUCUCUGUGGUGGCUGAAAACACUCCAGCGCCGUUCAGCCGCUACCAGGCACAGAACUUCACUCUGGUCUGCACUGCCAAAGGAGGAAAACCUGCUCCAUCAGUGUAUUUUAAGCGAGAUGGGGAGUUAAUAGAGGUGAUAUCUUAUGUGCAGCCCACUGCUGGGGAUGAAGGUGGAGCUUCAGCAGGAGUCCGUGGAGCUAGGCCACUUAUCAGCAGGGACUUGGAUGACACCAAGCUACAGAAGUAUCUCUCUCUGCUGGGGCCUGACGGCAGGCCUGGCCGUCUUUACACAGAGACCCCCGGCCACAGCUACAACACACCAGGCCAGCAAGGCUCUGAGCCCAGCCCAGCCACAGAAGUCAUACCGGAGACAGUGGUGAGCCGGGAGUUCCCUCGCUGGGUGCAGAGCACUGACCCGCUGUACUACUUCAGUAACACACACAUCCCUCAGAGUGAUGGUUCUGUGCUGGUGCAAGCUAAGCUCACCUGGACCCUCAAUCCCCAGCUGGAUAAUGAUGCUCUGUUCAGUUGUGAGGUCAAACACCCAGCCCUGUCAAUGCCUAUGCAGACCGAGGUCACGCUAGCGGCUCCUAAAGGCCCCAAGCUGUUCAUGACCCCUGCCAGGGCAAAGGUAGGGGAUACGGUGCGCAUCACUGUUCAAGGAUUCCAGGUAGGAUCUCCAGGGAAUGAGGUCUUUCCUGAGCCUCUCUUCACCUGGACACGAGUGGGCGGUCGCUUGUUGGACGGCAGCACCGAAAGGGAUGGGAAGGAGCUGGUGUUGGAGCGAGUGCCUGCUGAGCUCAAUGGCUCCAUGUACCGUUGCACUGCCCAGAACCCCCUGGGCUCUACUGACACACACACGCGCCUCAUCGUCUUUGAAAACCCAAGCAUGAUGAAAAACAAACAGAGUCAAAACAGUGGAGCUGCUCGUUUGGAUGUGCUUGGACUGACAUGGCUGGCUCUGAUCCUCACAGUGACUGCAGAGCUCACGUGA